CAGGAGGGGAAGCUUAGCUUGUAAAAAGGAUGAGUUGAAAAGCCCUGGGCUAAACUAUUCCUGAAAGAGUGAACUAGGGAGCACAGCAGGAGCUGAAGAACUUGUGGGCUAUCCAUCCAUGUAGAGAGCUAAGUUCCCUGUCCACUGCAUGGGCUGGCAGUUUGGUCACUCCUAGGCAGAGCAACUCAGGGGAAAACUUCAGGUGGUAGCUCCUGCUUUUGUAGCUAUUGGGUCAGAUUCUUCUCUCGCUUACACCAGGCUAACAUCACUGGAGGAAUGCAACACUUUAUUUUUUUGAUACCAGUGCAAAUGAAAGUAAAACUUGGCCCAACUUCUCUAUAAAUAUCCUAGUUUGCUGGCACGACAGGAGCUCAGCCUUAGGCAGUCUAACAUACCUGCUACAGCUGGUUUUGUUGUUGCAGAAAUCUACUUAUCGUAAACAGAGUACUGACGGCGGAUAGCAUUUUCAAAGGAGAAAGUGGUUGAACCUUAGGAAGAGAGUCUACUUCAAAUCAUCCUCCGAUAAAAUAAAAAAGGAUAAUUUCUUUUAUUUUAUGUACUCAUUCUAAUGUACCUGUGGUUCCAACAAGUCUAUAAAACCAUGUUCCUAAUUUGACACCUCCUUAUGACACUCCUGGCAUUGUACCAAAAAUAUUCGCUGCUGGGCGAGGAGUGAUGGAAGACCUCAAACAACACAUUUUCCUGCCUUCUCAUCUAUUGCAAUGAUGCUGCUUAAAAAUGCUGUUUAACCUCCCUAUGCUGUGACAAAACUCAAUAUGAAGAAAAAUCUGAUGAUGUUGUGAAGGUCUCCUUUAAAAAUGGAAGAAGCCGUUGGUGGAGUGAGGGUGUGGGAAGAUAGCUGAGACAAAUAUCUCACUAGUUACUGUUAACCUGCAUCUUAAAGUACUAGCACAGUUACUGCUCACUUACUUUCAUAUCCAGUAGUAAUAAUAUAUUAGGAACUGCUUGAGAGCACUAUUUCAAGUUGCUGGUGAUCUCUCGGUUUGGUUAGGCUUGGUGAGCAGAAUCUGGCACAGAGCUCAGGCCAUUGAAGCUGAUUUACAAACCACGUUGUUUGUUCUGCUUAUGUUAUACCCCUUCCCCUGUCUGCCGACAUUGCUGCGUCUACUUAGGUUGUAAGAUCUGGGGGAUGGAGACUGUUCCUGGUUCUGUAUUUGUACAGUGCCUAGCACUGUGGGACCCUGAUCUCUAGCUGCGACUACAAUACAUAUAGUAAAUGGGCUGAGCAGUAUAAUGUGCAGGAAGUCAGGGUUACACUGCAUUAUAGUCUCUGUGCCAGAUUAUGCUCACCGAGCCUAACCAAAUUGAGUGACACCAGCUCUUUAGCAGCUGCUAACCUGCUGUUCCCACACGAUUUAAUGAAACUGUUACUGGAAUACUGGGUUUGAUUCUGAUGUCCAUACUUCUUAAUAAGAAAGCUGAUAAACCGGAAAGAGUUCAGAAAAGAGCAGCUUGAAUGAACUGAGGUCUGGAAAACCUGCCCUACAGUGAGACUAGAGACAAUCAGUCUGUCGAAUUUAUCCAAGAGAAGGUUAAGAUGUAACUUGAUCAUGGUAUUUACGUACCUACAUGGGGAGAAGAUUACUGAUAGCUGAGGUCUCUCUAAUCUAGAAAAGGUAUAAUGGGAUCCAUUGACUGGAAGCUGAAGCCAAACCAGUUCAGGCUAGAAAUAAAGUGCAGAUUUGUAAUGCAGAGGUAAUGGUUCCAAUGGCUACUCUACCUAGGAACGUGGUGGAUUCCCCAUCGCUUGAGGUCUUUGAAUCAAAACUGGAUGUCUUUCUAAAAGCUUAUGCUGUAGCUCACCCAGAAGUUAUGGGCUUGAUGCAGGAAGCACUUGGUGAAAUAGUAUGGCCUGUUUUAUGAAGAAGGUCAGACUAGAUGAGCAUAAAGCCAGAAGGGACUACUAAAAUUUGUGACUCUCACGAGGAAGAAACUGGAUGUGUGGCGAAGAGGAAGGGGGGAAAACUAGACUGCAACCUCAGAAAAUCUGGGUUCAAUUCUUGAUUUUCCCAUGGGCUUUUGUGUUGCUGUGGCAACAGGAGACAGAAUUAACUAGAGAAACCAAGGGAAGGGAUCUGUAUCUAUGGAAGUAUAACUCAACUUGUUGCACGACAACUGCCCCUCUCUUAGUUAGAGAAGAGCAGCCUUGGGUGCUGCUUCAUGCCAACAGAGACCGUUGGAACAAAUCCAGCUCUCUUCACAAUGGAGUAGACACAGGUUUCUGAUACUGAAUUCCUACAAGGAGAAUUGGUCCCUGGAUUCCUGCUGAGUACCAUUUAGAAUAGCAACGUACAGCUCUUUGAACUCCCACAAUUACUACAAGCUUUUCAUCUAUUGCAAGGCCUGUGUCCAUAAGUGAAAGGAGGAAGAAGAGAGAAGCCUCCUUUAUAAGAGGGAUAAGAAGGCAGCGAAUAGCUUGGAAUGCAAACAUGUCACAGAUUUCCAUAGCAGGACUCCUCUUGCCACCACCUCCUCCAAAUGUCUGUCUAUGCGCACAAAACAGGUGCAUGCUAACUUUUGAGGCUGAAGUCAACCAUCAUGCAAGAAUUGAAGCUGGGAAUAAGAACUCUUUCCUGUAUCUAUUACCAAUGAAGAUCCAUAGAGUUCAGAACAGUUCCAGCCCAAGUUACGAUGACUUGAGACACUUCGCAUCACAGAAUCUAUUGCUUGAGCUGAAGCUGCACCUACUAUCCCAGAGUGGAAUCCAUAUGGGCUAUCAUUAAACAAUUACUACCCAUAUUCAGUGGGGACCCCAUCCUGAAUGAAAUCUUUCCUCAGACUCCUCUUCUGGCCUUCAACCAACUCUUCAUACUGACCCAUAAUCAAAGAGCUAGCCAAAGGGACAUCUCGGCAGCAUACGACACCAGAGGUGCAAUUUCUCCCCUGAAAUGCAUGCCCAGUGCAUACCCCUGAAUCUGUUCCUGGGCAAUUAUCCUAAUUAUAUGGACAAGCCAUUUAUCAGAAAAUUGAUUAAAUGGAUGUACUGCACAUCAUUAGCUAUCAAAGAUUGCAGUGGUGCCCAGAAUUUACUAGGAACUUUUCAAGCACAGAAGAAUGCAUAGUCUCUGUCCCAUUGAACAUACAGUCCACAUAAGCCACCUUCCUCUGAAGCAUCAAGUAUUGGCCACUACUGGAGGAAAGGCUUGCGACAAGGAUCUACAGUGUGGGGGCGACAUGUGCUGCGCUGUUAGUCUCUGGAUUCGCAGCCUCCGAAUGUGCACACCAAUGGGCGACUUGGGAGAAGAAUGUCAUCCUUUGAGUAAUAAAGUCCCGUUUCUUGGGAGAAGAAUGCAUCACACCUGCCCAUGUCUGCCUAACUUGGCCUGCCUACGGAUAUCUCCUAGCAGAUUCAAAUGUUUACCAGAGUUCAGAAACGAAGAUGUCUUUUUUUAGCAGGAGCAGUUCUUAACCAUAAACAGGCACUUCAUGUAUUUACAUUUUUCCUUGUUAUUGUGAUUAACAAGUUAUAUGCCAGAGGAAAUUCUUUAACAUACGUUCUUGCCUCGUAAACGUUGAAAACAAACAUUGAGAUACUGUGGUGUUAUGGCCAAGAUUUUCAGAAGGGACUACUGCUGUCAGAUGCUUCCAUUUUUGGAUGCCCAAACUGAGAUAUCUUAAAGGGGAGUGAUUGGCAAUUUUAUAGUACUUUCUGGAAAUCAUGCCCCUUUAAAAUGUCCCGACAGGGCCCAGAAAUGGAAGCUUCCAAAAUCACUCGUCGCUUGGUAACUCUUGGCCAAUAUUUUUAUACUUGAAUAAGCUUGAUUAAAAAUGUGGGGUGUGUGUGUGUGUGUGUGUGUGUUUGGGGGCGGGUUGUACAGAAGUAUAGAGCCAAGCAUAAGAUGACUGUCAAAAGAAGUGUAUUUAGAUUAAAUUUGGUAACUUUAUUGUAAUUAUUAUAGUAUUCGUAGGUUAGGUGCAUCACUACAUUAACAAUUUAACCAAUAGGUGUAGCUUCUACAUUUUUUAAAACUGUCACAUUAAACCAAAGCAUCUAAGUGUAAAAAGUGUUCAAAGAAUUCUAUAUGUUGUUUUAGUGUUCAAAGACUUGUUACUUAAUCUGGCAUAAAACGUGCUGCUCAUCUGAAACUAUGUAUUAAAAUGUAGUUUAUAUUUUAAAAGAAACCCUAAAAUCUAUUCUAAUAGGCUGCCUGACUUCUUGUCAUGUACAUGUAUUAAUAUUGCUGUGUAAAAAUUCUGUAUCAGAAUAAUGGCAGCAUAUCAUUUGAUUUAUUUUAAUAUAGCAUUAUUUUUGUCA